GGAAAGAGGCGCCACCUGUCUGGGGCACACCCUUUUGUUGGACUUUUCCAGGAAAGAAAAUCUAGGCCUGGCACACUGAGUCUGCAGAGAAUUUCCCAGGGAUGAAUCAGUGCAUUUAUAGAGGGAUGGAAGAAAACAAGGAAAGACCCAAGCGGCCGAGGCAGAACAACUUCUCAAUGUUUCCCUCUCCCAAAGCUUGGAAUUUCAGAGGGCGGAAGCGAAAGCAGAGUGCCCAGGAUGAAGACGCCAUCAGCCUGUGCAGUCUUGACAUAAGUGAACCUAGUAAUAAAAGGGUCAAACCCCUUUCAAGAGUCACGUCACUAGCAAACCUCAUCCCACCUGUGAAGACCACUCCGUUAAAGCGUUUCAGCCAAACCUUGCAGCGGUCCAUUAGCUUCCGCAGUGAGAGCCGCCCCGACAUCCUGGCCCCCCGAGCCUGGUCCAGAAAUGCCACCUCCUCAAGCACAAAGCGGAGGGACAGCAAACUGUGGAGUGAGACCUUCGAUGUGUGUGUCAAUCAAGUGCUUACGGCCAAGGAGAUCAAGCGACAGGAGGCGAUCUUUGAGCUUUCUCAAGGAGAAGAGGACUUGAUUGAGGACUUAAAGUUAGCAAAAAAGGCCUACCAUGACCCCAUGCUGAAGCUCUCAAUAAUGACAGAACAAGAGCUGAAUCAAAUUUUUGGAACACUGGACUCUCUGAUUCCUCUCCACGAAGAGCUCCUUAGUCAGCUUCGAGACGUUCGGAAGCCCGACGGCUCGACUGAGCAUGUUGGUCCCAUCCUCGUAGGCUGGGUAAGAAAUGUUCUCUGCUGCCCUGCCCUCAGCUCCUAUGACAGCUACUGCAGCAAUCAAGUUGCUGGCUAAGCCCUCCUGGACCACAAGAAGCAAGACCACAGAGUCCAGGAUUUCCUUCAGCGCUGCUUAGAAUCCCCCUUCAGCCGCAAGCUAGAUCUCUGGAAUUUCCUUGAUAUUCCUAGGAGCCGUCUAGUGAAAUACCCUCUGCUCCUUCGAGAAAUCCUGAGGCACACACCAAAUGAUAAUCCAGAUCAGCAGCACUUGGAAGAAAGCAUAAACAUCAUUCAGGGUAUCGUGGCAGAAAUCAACACCAAGACCGGGGAAUCGGAAUGCCGUUAUUACAAAGAGCGGCUUCUUUACUUGGAAGAAGGUCAGAAAGAUUCCCUGAUUGACAGCUCAAGGGUCCUGUGUUGUCAUGGCGAACUGAAAAAUAACCGGGGUGUGAAACUCCAUGUUUUCCUGUUUCAAGAAGUGCUCGUGAUCACUCGAGCUGUCACUCACAAUGAACAACUCUGUUACCAGUUGUACCGGCAGCCCAUCCCGGUGAAGGACCUCAUGCUGGAAGACCUGCAGGACGGAGAAGUGCGGCUGGGGGGCUCCCUGCGUGGGGCCUUCAGCAACAAUGAGAGAAUUAAAAAUUUCUUCAGAGUCAGUUUCAAAAAUGGAUCCCAAAGUCAGACCCACUCACUCCAAGCCAAUGACACCUUCAACAAACAGCAGUGGCUCAACUGUAUCCGGCAAGCCAAAGAAACGGUUCUGUCUGCUGCUGGGCAGGCUGGGUUGCUUGACUCUGAGGGACCCCUGGGCCCUGGCACCGACACCAGGGAGCCACAAGGAGAGACAAAACUGGAGCAGAUGGACCAGUCGGACAGUGCAUCGGACUGCAGCAUGGACACCAGUGAGGUCAGCCUGGAAUGUGAGCGGAUGGAGCAGACAGACGUGUCCUGUGCAGACAGCAGGCCAGAGGAGAGCGGCUGACAGAGGGCUGCGUACCUGCUCGGGUACCUGCUCGGGAUUCACAUUCCACAUGCGGACAGUCUGGAGAGGCACGCUGAAAUACUUCUGUGCCCGUGCACGUGUGUCCCUUGUGUCUGUACCUUGCCCCUCGUACUGCAAUUGCCAACUACUCUGUCAGCUGGAGUCCGCAGCCACCCUUCCCCUGCUGCUCUGUCUCAUAAGUGUCUGAAUGAGUGGAGAGGGAUUGGACAAGUUACUCUGAGUCGUCCUACUGGGUUUUUCACGACAGAAAGGAUCUCUAAACUACUGUUCUGUGUGGACUGCGUUGACAAGCCCUUUUGUUCCCAUGCCUCUCUAGUGCUCUGUAACUCCUCGACUCAGUAGCCGAAGACCUGGAAUUAGAGAUAGAGCUUUUCAGAGUAUUGAGACGGCAUUCAAAUAGAAACCAGGAAAGUCCAGCCCUUGAAGUGAACUCGGGUUCCAUGUUAUUCAGCCGGAAAGCAUGAAAACAUCUCUGGGGGUUUCUGGGGUUUGACUUUGUUUGAACGCUGUGGUUUCAUCCAGUGCAAGUUGAAUGUGAUAGUCUAUGAAGACCUGAAACAAGUUGGCUUCAGUAAGAGCCAAGACCAAAGCAGCUUCUGGACAGGCCUACAGUCCCAGCACUUGAAAACUGGGACAGGAAGACCUGGGGUUCAAGAACAGCCUUGGCUAUAUAUCAAGUUCUAGGUCAGACUGAGUUCCAUAGUGAAAACAAAAUCAAACAGUUGAAAGUAGCUGCUAGUUCUGAAUCUUCAGCUAAAAUGGGAGUGGCCAUGGGAGGUGUUUCUCAGGGCUAGUGACUUGACCAAAAAAGUCUAGCCUGCAACACCAGGAGCGAUCCCGGGGCCAGGGAAGAUCUGCCAAGGUUCUGAGUCCUGUCUGCAUUAUGUUCAUCUGCCUCAGCCACUCCUGCUUCAGAGUGGCAAUGAUGUAACACAGAGAUGGUGACCACACAAGCGACUCUGUUUACAAACGUGAGAGAAGGACUUGGGAAUGAGAAAUGUGUCACCAUCCCCGAAGCUUCUUGUGGGAGCCACCAAAGUUGUUGUUAGUCUAGAGUGUCUUGGGAUUUCCUGCUCUGCUUUUGGGCCCUGAGUUUGUGUCUUUAGUUGAGCUAUAAUCAGAAUGGUGGUUAAUCCCUCCUGAGGCCAAUUUCAUUAGCUCUGAUUAACUAGGACCAGUUAGCUAGCCAAACUGGAAAGUUCUGUGUUCCAGCCUUGGUUUACAAAGCAAGGAUGGAUAAAAAGACCUUGAAAAGAAGUUCACAAAAUACACAGAACAGCUCUUUGCAAGUGUAAAUACUUAGGGGACCCCGCCAGCACUAGUAGUAGUAGGAAUUCUAAAUUAUUGCCAAAAAUGUUUCUUUCUGUUAAUUUCUGCAUCUAAUCAAGUUUACAGACAAGAAAGCAACAUACAAAAUGAUCCCUUUAUCACGCCCAUGUGCCACGUGCACCGAAAGAAACUGUAAUGUGAGUUCCCAGAGGAAAAACAAGGUGUGUUACAUUAUUAUAUUUCAAAGCAAAUGUUAUGAUCAGUUCUACCCUGUAAAGCAUAUCUCUGUAUUUAUAGAUUUUUACCAUGGUGAAUUUUUUUUUAUUACAAGUUUAUUUAAAACCACUUUGUUUCUUAAGUAGCUGAUUUAGCAAAUGAACCUGCUGCAGAUCGAUGGAGAGAGGGUUGAGACAGGACUGGAUCGGGAGGAAACCGAGCUGUUCGCUGGAGAGCCACUGGCGACUCUCUCUGUCAGGCUCAGCCUGCGGGAAGAGAGUGGAUGAAUGUUUUGGUGAAAUGGAGACUUUUUGUAUAAUGGCCUUAAACUUUUCUGGAAGCAUUUCAAAUAAAUUGCAUUAAAAGUA